UUCAGAUUAUAACUUCAAUUCAAUAGUUAAAGUUUUCAAUUUAUAAAAAGAAAAUUAGUAUUUCAAAAUGAAUUUCAAGCUGUUAUCAUUGUUUUUAUUAGCAAGUAGUAAAUUAGCGUUUUGUGCUGAAGCUGAUUGGGAAGUUUUAAAUCUGGCAUUAGACAAUAUCAACGCUGCUAAUCCUUCAGUUGUAGCAAAUUCAAUUUUAAAUAUUUUGUCAGGUUUUUUACCCGCUAAUCAACAAAUUCCAGUUACAACAACAUUACCCACUGUAACAACACGCCCAAACACCCAACCACCAAUAAUCUUAAACAUUGAUCCAACACCUGCUCCUGCACCAAAACAACCUACACCUUUGCAGCCUGCACCAGUUAAUCCGUCAUCAUCAAUUUCACAACUCUUUUUAUACUACCCUGAAUUAUACAAACUACUAAUUCAGUCAAUGAUGCCUCAGCCUGCAGUUCCUGCACCAGUUGUCGUCCAACCCCACGCACCUAAACCUGGACAAGUUCCCUCAAUUACUCAUAUUUUGACUCCACCACAAGGCUGUAAUUGUGAUUGCAAAAAGAAACACAAUUCCAUUGCUGAGUUUGAAGUAAAUGUUCCAUGUCCAACGACUACAGAAAAGCCACCAAAAAGAAUUGUCGUAAAAGUUCCAUGUCCAACAACCACAACAACAACUGAAAAACCAUGCAGUUGUCAAUGUUGCUCAUGCAAUUCAGCUCCACAAAAACCAGAAAAGCACCAUAAAAAGCCAAAGAAGGAUUGUGAUGAAAAUAGUCACUCUGAAUCUGAAGAGAGCAGAGAAAUUAAAACUGUAUUUAAGGCUUAUGAAGUUCCUAGAAAAUCAAACUCUGUUCGAAAACACUACAAGUAUGCUGAAGACUACAGUUCAGAAGAAAGUCACUAAAGACUCUUUAAAAAAUUUGUGUUGAUUGUUUGUUAAAAUUUGUUAUUCAAUAUUAUUACUGUUACAAUAAUUAAACUGCUU